CUCUCUCUCUCUCUCUCUCUCAUUCUUUCUUUUCUUAGCUUCAUCUUUCUUACUCUCAGAGAGCACAAUGGCACCCAUGAGCCUUCCUCCUGGAUUCAGAUUUCACCCAACAGAUGAAGAACUUGUUGCUUACUAUCUAGAUAGAAAAAUCAAUGGCCUCACCAUUGAGCUAGAAAUAAUCCCAGAAGUCGACCUCUACAAAUGUGAACCCUGGGAUUUGCCAGAUAAGUCAUUUUUGCCGAGCAAAGACAUGGAGUGGUACUUCUACAGCCCAAGGGAUAGGAAGUACCCAAACGGGUCAAGAACGAAUCGGGCAACUCGAGCUGGGUACUGGAAAGCCACCGGAAAAGACCGGGCGGUGAACAGUCAACGGCGUGCUGUUGGGAUGAAGAAGACAUUGGUGUAUUAUAGAGGCAGAGCCCCCCACGGCAUUAGAACCAACUGGGUUAUGCAUGAGUACCGGCUGGUUGACUCUGUGUGUGGCAAUGCAUCAUCAUCUCUAAAGGACUCUUACGCAUUGUGCCGCGUUUUCAAGAAAACAAUACAAAUGCCCAAGAACAACAAAGAAGAGAAGCCAAUUGGGAUUGAUAAUGCAGAGAAUGAUUCAGUUUGGGUCUCCAGUAAUGAACAGUUAUUAAUGGAAGACAAUAGUGGGAUUAAUGAGACAGCUUCAAGAGGGAUUGAGACUGAUCAAGAUGAGAAUUAUUCCAAUCAUGAUUAUCCCAAAUUUCUCUCUGACACUUCUUCUUCAGAUCUCACUCAAGGGACACCAACUGAAAAUGGCAUGGGAGAUGAUUUUCAAGCUCCAUUUGCCUCUGAUGAAGCAAACAGUUCUGCUGAUCUCUCUUUUGGUGUUCACUGCUCCUCAAAUCUAAUUGAUCAGGAAACAUAUAUACCACACAAUGAAAGCUUAUUGAAUAACUAUCAAUUUCCUUACCCACCCUUAGAACUUGAAGACUUCCCGCAGAUCAAUUUAGCUGCAGAGACGAAUGCAUCGAAGCCUGAAAUCAUCGACGACUACAUGUCGUAUGACAAAUUCAAGGAUUACAUGAAUGGAACAUUUGAAGAAAUCUUCUCUUUAUGUUCCUCUCAAGACAACUCUGCUGCCCUCCCCAUGCAAGAAUUAUAAGUACUACCCUGACGUACACUCACAUAUUUUCAAAUACUAGAAUUCAUUCACACACAAAGGUAGAAUUUAGAAUUGUGUUUGGCUAAAUUUAUUACUAAUAAUCAGAAGUGGUGGAUUAUAUGUUGACAGCAAUGAGAUGAUCAUGAUAAGGCGCUAUCUAUAUAUAAUGUACCACACAAGAGAAUGAGGAGUCAAAGCAAACAUUUAUAUAUAUAUAUUUUCUUUUAUAAUGUUCCUUGUAAUUUUGAUUCCCCCCUUUUUGCAUGUUGG